GGGCCGUGCCCGCGCUGCCCCGGGGACGGGCUGAGAUGGCGGCGGCGCGGCUGAGCGGCGCCGAGAAUCGUCUGGUGUCGCUGCCCCUGUCGCGGAUCCGCGUCAUCAUGAAGAGUUCUCCGGAGGUCUCCAGCAUCAACCAGGACGCGCUGUUCCUCACCGCCAAGGCCACGGAGCUUUUUGUUCAGUAUUUGGCUACAUACUCCUACAAACACGGCAGAGGGAAGGAGAAGAAUGCUCUGACUUACACUGACCUGUCUCAUACAGCAGAAGAGUGUGAGACCUUUCAGUUCCUUGCAGAUAUCUUGCCAAAGAAGAUCCUAGCUAGCAAAUACCUAAAAAUGCUUGAAAAAGAGAAGCGAGAUGGAGAAAUGAGGGAAGACGAUGGGGGUGAGGAGGAAGAGGAUGAAGAUGAAGCUGUUGUUGAGAGUGUUGUAUCUUAAGGCCAGUGGAGAAUUGUUUCAUAGUUGGUCCGUUUUCUAUUGUAUAAAGUAUUUUGUUCUGUGACUGAGAAUCCAGAUGCUGGAUAUAUUUAUACACUGAGCCAUCUGCUUUUGCUUUAAGAAGUUUAGAAACUGAACUUCAUACUUGUUGGAGAAUGGAAUUCUUCCCUCAGAAACAUGACGGGGUAGGAAGAGACAGUGCAAACCUGACAGCAGAGCUUCGUCAGAUGAUUUGAAAUUAUUUUGUCAGACAAUCAUUACCCAAAUUUAGAAUUUCUUUCAGGCAGCUUUCUGUUCAAAAGCUCCAAAAGUGGACCAAGUCCAUUAAAAAAGUGUGUAAAAACAGCCAUGUGGGCACCCAAACAGGAGAGGAGGAAAUCCAUCCCAAGAGCUAAUGUGGUUCUGCAGCUGUGGUGGUAAAUGGGGUCAAAAAUUAUGUGAAUAUGUGCAUCUAGAACCCUUUUUUUUGAAUGAACUCCACUUCUGAAGUUUCUCUUGCCAAAAUGCACAUUGAAGUCUGUUAAUUGUGCGUUCUUGAGAAUGUGCAGCUCCUUUACCCAUGUGAGUGACAGAGAUGAAUUUUUCAUUUGGUUUUGGUUUGUUUUUCUUUUCUUUUUUUACUACAGAAACAGCAACCGUCCUUGUGUAGAACUUUACAUGCAACUUUUUAAAAUAAAUGUUUUGUAUGAAAACUGACAGUGGAUGCAGAAACUUCCUGUAGUUUUUUCCAGUUUCAGUCACACACGUGGUCAGUGUGGAAAUGUUUGCAGUGUCAUGGUCAGUCUGAGAGAGAGAAGUGACUGAGAUCUGGCCCCAGGGGUGAAAAAUACCCCAGGUAAGCAGGGGAAUGUUAACAGGUAACAAGAACCUCUGUUCUUGUUAAGCUCUGCUCAAGCUCCAGAAAAGCUGGGAAGCAGAUCAGCCAGGAAUUUGUCUAAAGCAACACCCUAAUUUCAAGGGCAUGGUACUUACCAGAACUGAACAGCUGAAAUAGCUUCUCUUGUGUUGAAGACACAAACACACUCAACUUCUCUUGAAACAUAAUAGGAAGCUCCAGCAUAUGCACAAUCCAGCACAUUCCAUUCUCUGAUAAGAAAGUCAAAUGGAGCUUAGGGUAGGUAGGAUCAGGGGCUGGCAGAGCUACUGAGCCACACCAGUAAUGCUCCUGUUAUUUUAACAGGUCAGAGGAUGCUACAUUGUAAAAAAUUUUCCUGAAGUUGCCAUAAAUUAAAACUAUUGUACCAGGAA